AUGCCUAGCGCCACGGGUUCGAACUGGGAGAAAUACCAGAAGAACUACGCGGAUGACGAAGAGCCAGAGAAGAAAAUUGCGCCUCUCACAGAUGAUGAUAUUGCAGUACUCAAGACCUACGGCGCUGCUCCGUACGCGAACGCGUUGAGGAAGCUCGAGAAAGACAUCAAAGACAAGCAAGCAAGCGUGAAUGAAAAGAUCGGCGUCAAGGAAUCCGACACCGGUCUUGCACCUCCACACCUUUGGGAUGUUGCCGCUGAUCGACAACGCAUGGCCGAAGAGCAACCGCUGCAAGUUGCUCGAUGCACAAAGAUUAUUCAGGAUGAAAAGGACGCGGACAAGGGCAAAUAUGUCAUCAACGUGAAACAGAUCGCCAAGUUCGUUGUCAACCUAGGCGAACGCGUGAGCCCGACAGAUAUCGAGGAAGGCAUGCGAGUCGGUGUCGACCGCAAUAAGUACCAGAUUAUGCUACCUCUUCCUCCGAAGAUCGACCCCAGCGUGACGAUGAUGACUGUCGAAGAUAAGCCCGACGUGACCUACGGCGAUCGGGACAUUCGUUGGGAGCUGAUUUCACGACUGUGCCCCAACGCGACCGGUGCGGAACUGCGCAGUGUUGCGACCGAGGCUGGUAUGUUUGCCAUCCGUGCUCGACGGAAGGUGGCCACCGAGAAGGACUUCUUGGCCUCAGUGGAGAAGGUCAUUAAGGGCAACUUGAAGUUCAACUCGACAGCGACGUACAUGCAGUACAACUAG